AGCUGUCCGCGUGGCUGCGGCAGGAGGCCUCGUCCUCCCGGGCAGGGUCCCUCCCGGAGGCUCCCCCGGUCUCUCCCAGACGCACCCGCGCCGCGUCCUUGUUCCCCGGGAGCAGCCUCCCUCCAGCCGCCGGUCCUGGGAGCUUCACCGUCCAAACGGGAGCUGAGUUUGCAAGCUGCCAGGCGGCGGUGCGGCUGGUGCUGCUGCUGAUGUCAGAGCCAGAAAGCAGUUGUGAUUGGAUCUAAUUAGACGCUGCUGCAGCAAAUAGACAAGCUCCCUGCGUGAUUGGCUUCAAAGUGGCUGGUGCCAAACAACUAGCAGAGGCGCAAAAGUAGCCUCCCUGCGCUGGGAGCCCAGAGCAGGAGGCAGAGCCCGCGGGAAGCUCGGAGCACUCAGGACGCCGCGCGCCCUUCCCCGCCCUCCCUGACCAGGGAGCAGCUCGCUCCAGGCGCCCAGCCGAGGCCCCCAGCCCAGUGGGAGCGAGUCAUAGAGAACAAUUCGAGAGACAGAGACAGACGGAGCGCGCUCUCCUGCUCAGUCCUGAAAAGUGAGCCGCUCCCGGGUUUGCAACCUCAAGCUUCGCAGCGGCGGCGGCGGCGGCCGGGAAGGAGGCAGGUGCAGGUGCAGGAGAGAGGCGGCUCUGGGCUCCGCGCCUGGGUCUCGGCCAUGGCGUCGGUCCUGGGGAGCGGCAGAGGCUCUGGAGGGCUGAGCAGUCAACUCAAAUGCAAGUCCAAGAGGAGGAGGAGGCGGAGGUCCAAGCGGAAAGAUAAAGUAAGCAUAUUGUCAACCUUCCUCGCUCCCUUCAAGCACCUGAGUCCUGGCACCACAAACACGGAGGAUGAAGACACCCUAAGUACCAGCAGCGCGGAGGUGAAGGAGAACCGCAACCUGGGCAACCUGGCCGGGCGGCCACCGCCCUCCGGGGACCGGGCCCGGGGCGGUGCGCCCGGCGCGAAGAGGAAGCGGCCGCUGGAGGAGGGGAAUGGGGGCCACUUGUGCAAACUGCAGCUGGUCUGGAAGAAGCUGUCGUGGUCGGUGGCACCCAAGAACGCGCUGGUGCAGCUGCACGAGCUGAGGCCGGGCCUGCAGUACCGGACAGUGUCGCAGACGGGCCCGGUGCAUGCCCCGGUCUUCGCGGUAGCGGUGGAGGUGAACGGACUCACGUUCGAGGGCACGGGCCCCACCAAGAAGAAGGCCAAGAUGCGCGCGGCCGAGCUGGCACUCAGGUCCUUCGUGCAGUUCCCCAACGCCUGCCAGGCGCACCUGGCCAUGGGCGGGGGCCCGGGCCCCGGCACGGACUUCACCUCCGACCAGGCCGAUUUCCCCGACACGCUCUUCCAGGAGUUCGAGCCCCCGGCGCCGCGCCCCGGUCUCGCGGGAGGCCGCCCCGGGGACGCCGCGCUUCUGUCCGCGGCCUACGGGCGACGGCGGCUGCUGUGCCGCGCGCUGGACCUGGUGGGCCCGACCCCCGCCACCCCCGCGGCCCCGGGCGAGCGCAACCCCGUGGUGCUGCUGAACCGCCUGCGCGCUGGGCUGCGCUACGUGUGUCUGGCAGAACCGGCCGAGCGGCGCGCGCGGAGCUUCGUGAUGGCCGUGAGCGUGGACGGCAGGACGUUCGAGGGCUCCGGGCGCAGCAAGAAGCUGGCCCGGGGUCAGGCCGCGCAGGCCGCACUGCAGGAGCUCUUCGACAUCCAGAUGCCCGGCCACGCGCCCGGCAGGGCCAGGAGGACGCCAAUCCCGCAGGAAUUUGCAGACUCCAUAUCCCAGCUGGUCACACAGAAGUUCCACGAGGUGACGAUGGACCUCACGCCCAUGCACGCCCGCCACAAAGCGCUGGCAGGAAUCGUCAUGACCAAAGGCCUGGACGUUCGGCAGGCGCAGGUCGUGGCCCUGUCCUCGGGGACCAAGUGCAUCAGCGGCGAGCACCUCAGUGACCAGGGGCUGGUGGUGAAUGACUGCCACGCAGAGGUCGUGGCCCGGCGGGCGUUCCUGCACUUCCUCUACACGCAGCUGGAGCUGCACCUGAGCAAGCGGCGCGAGGACUCGGAGCGAUCGAUAUUUGUACGGUUAAAAGAAGGUGGCUACCGGCUGCGAGAAAACAUCCUCUUCCAUCUCUACGUGAGCACCUCCCCCUGUGGAGACGCAAGACUCCACUCUCCCUACGAGAUCACCACAGACCUGCACAGCAGCAAACACCUCGUCAGGAAGUUCCGUGGCCACCUGCGCACCAAGAUCGAGUCCGGGGAAGGGACGGUCCCUGUGCGUGGCCCCAGCGCAGUGCAGACCUGGGACGGCGUCCUGCUGGGGGAGCAGCUGGUCACCAUGUCCUGCACGGACAAGAUCGCCAGGUGGAACGUCCUGGGGCUGCAGGGCGCGCUCCUGUCCCACUUCGUGGAGCCCGUGUACCUGCAGAGCAUCGUGGUGGGCAGCCUGCACCACACGGGCCACCUCGCACGCGUCAUGAGCCACCGCAUGGAGGGUGUCGGCCAGCUGCCCGCCUCCUACCGGCACAACCGGCCUCUCCUCAGCGCGGUGUCUGAAGGAGCUCUGAAAACAGAAUCGCUAGUGCUGGGCUCACCCAAGAGGCCCCACCUGCCCACCUGGCCGCCCACAGGAGGCGAUGCUGAGGAAGAGCCAGGCGUGAGUGACGCCGAGGCGCGCCAGCCAGGGAAGUCGCCCCCCUUCAGCAUGAACUGGGUCGUGGGCAGCAUGGACCUGGAGAUUAUCAAUGCCACCACUGGGCGGAGGAGCUGCGGGGGCCCAUCCCGGCUCUGCAAGCACAUGUUGUCUGCACGGUGGGCGCGGCUGUAUGGCAAGCUGAGCACACGGAUUCCCAGCCCUGGAGACACACCCUCCAUGUACUGUGAGGCCAAGCUGGGGGCGCACACCUACCAGUCUGUGAAACAGCAGCUGUUCAAGGCCUUUCAGAAGGCUGGCCUGGGCACCUGGGUGAGGAAACCACCGGAGCAGCAACAGUUUCUACUGACUCUCUAGGCUGCGGGCUCCUGGCUGCUGGAGCUGAGUGGGACGCUGGAGGGAUGGGACCCUGUCUGGGGGAUGACACGGCGGGUCGGCCGGUUCCCUGCAUUCGUUUUACUUUGGUGUUCCAGAAACACGCGAGUGUGCAAUGUUUGGAAGAGCAACAAGACGAAUUCAGAACA